AUGGGGAGAGCCGGAUGCUGUUGCCGCGGGGCUGAGCGCCUCGCCUCCCCGUCUCUGGUGCGCCGUUUCCGGCCACUGCUGCUGCUGGUCCUCGCUCUGUGCUGCGGGGCUCAGAUCGGUCAGUGUCAAGUGGCCACCCCUCAGUGUCGCAUCCAGAAGUGCACCACCGACUUCGUGUCCCUGACCUCCCACCUGACGCCGGCUGUGGAUGGCUUUCACAUUGAAUUCUGCAAGGCUUUGCGAGCGUACUCAGCCUGCACCCAGAGGACCGCCAAGUCCUGCCGGGGGAACCUGGUCUUUCACUCGGCCGUGCUGGGCAUCUCCGACCUCAUGAGCCAGAGGAACUGCUCCAGAGACGGGCCCACUUCCUCCACGCACCCCGAGGUCCACCUGGAGCCCUGCAGCUACCACAGUCGCACCCAGCACGCCCACUCCCACUCCCACGUGCAUGCACAUUCGCACGCUCACAGCCACGGCCACUCUCUGCCUGUGUACCUGUUCUGCGGGCUGUUUGGGGACCCACACCUGAGGACAUUUAAGGACAGUUUCCAGACGUGUAAGGUGGAGGGGGCGUGGCCUCUCAUCGACAAUGACUAUCUGUCGGUGCAGGUCACCAAUGUUCCCGUGGUUCCUGGCUCCAGCGCCACAGCAACCAAUAAGAUAACUGUCAUCUUUAAACCCUACGACGGCUGCACAGACCAGAGGGUCUACCAGGCCAUCACAGACAACCUCCCUGCUGCCUUCGAUGAUGGCACUGUGAGCAGUGGAGAACCCAUCCACUCUUUAGCUGGUGUGGACGGCUCCAGUGGGAAGGUCCGGGCUCUGUGGAUCUCUGAGCGCACCCCGGGCCACCACAUAGAGCUGCACGCCGGCUACAUCGGUGUGACUGUCAUUGUUCGCCAGAUGGGCCGCUACCUGACCCUGGCGGUGCGGAUCCCGGAGGAGCUGGCUCAGGCCUACGACGCCACCCAGGACCUGCAGCUCUGUCUGAACGGCUGCCCCAGUGGAGAACGCAUCGACCAGGCCGGACACCUCCCCCUGCCCAUCUCCCCUACUGCGCUUGGCCUGCAGCUUCAGCACCUCCGUCGGCCCAGCUACUCCUCACAGAUACAAGCGUCCCCCUACGGUCCUCUGCAGGUUUUCAGCGUGGAAGGGGCCAAAGAGCGCUGCAGGGAGAAGCUGGAGGUGCAGGACAUUUACUUUCACUCCUGCGUGUUUGAUCUCUUGACCACGGGGGAUGCUAAUUUCACAGCGGCGGCGUUCAGCGCCCAGAAGGACAUGGAAAGCCUCCACCCACACCGGGACAGAUGGAGGAUCUACCCCCGCGGCUCGGCCACCUCAACCUUACACUCUGAUUUUCAGCCUAUCAAGCGGCUCGCUCUGCUCCUGCUGUGUGCUCUAAGUGUGGCGUUCACGUAUUAG